GCGGGUGUGGAGAUGGCAAAAUGUAGUGAAAUCGCAGAAGUUGACCUGGAGGAUUAUGCUGAUGCAACGGACAAGAUCGUUUUAUUACAGGCAUGGGUGAGGGGUCAUGUUACAAGGAGGUGGCUACAGCAGGUUAGGCGAGAAUUUGAGGCUGUUGCCAUGGAAAUGGAGGAUGAUCCCCAGCUCGUAGUGGAAUGGCAUUCACAGAGAAUCUCCUUGCCAGGAGUGAAAAAGAAACGCUCACAUGUACGGCAUGUGGCCACAAAUCCACAGUACACUAAUCAAAAGAAGACUUUAAAGAUCAAUGAAAGUGCUGAUGAAUCAGAUGGUGUGUGUGAAAAAAUGAAUCUGAAAAUUGCAGAGAAAUCCCAACAUUGUGAGUUAAACCCCAGUAGAAUACCAAGCACAAAUGUUGAUAUUGGCAAUUCAUGUUCCUCUUGUGGUGUUAACAGAGUAACGCUUUCACAUCACAUUAACACUGUUGCUGGAUAUGAUACAUCUGAAGCUGGUACAUGUAACCCUACAUCUGUAUUGGCACGAGAUAGGUUAUCAGGGGAAACAACUGAGAGUAAAUCCACAUGUGAAACUUGGGUUGAACCUCCUGCACCUCUGCCAACAAAUGAGGCUGAAACUAAUGCUUCUGGAAGUCCAGAACUUAAAAACUCUGAUAAUGUCCGUGAUGAGACGGAGCUUUGCAAUACUCCAUAUCUUCCAGUUAUUAGCUCUACCAGUGGUUCAAGGGUCACAGAUCAUCCUGUGGCCAACAUUUCACAUGGAUGUGAUAUCAGUACAGAUGUUUCACACACAUUGGAUGGCUUCACCAGUACAUUAACAAACAUGACAACUGAUUCUUGUACAAAAGUCCCUCACGCCUCUGGCAGUUUAGAUAAUGGUGUCAGUGUUUCACGCAAAAGUGCUGAUGUCAGCAGAAAUGUUUCCCAUAUCACUGUUGCCAGACCCCAUCAAAUCCCACAGAUGUCAGGUGAUGUCAGUGCUAGUGUAUCAGACACUGCUGGUGGGGCCCAAACAGAUGUGUCCCAUUCACGACUUGAUGCCAGCGGUGUUUUGUUUGACAACAGCAUACAACACUGGGGAAACAGCACCUCCUUCUGGGAUGCUGAUAUAUCUCACACAGCUGACUCCCAGUCACAACCAAAAGCUAGCAUCAUAUCAGCUGAGGGAUUAAAUGCUGAAGAACUCCGAAAAAAACGUCAUCACAUUGCCAUGGAGUUACUGUGGGUCCAGCAAGCCAUACAGAGUCGCAAAAAUUACCUGCAGUUAAAGCAGCAAAUGAAGACAGCCAAAGGAUGAAUUAGUGGUUGUGAUUGGCAGGAUGAUAUCAGAAAAAUGCUGAUAUUCCACAUCACCAUCAUGAUUGAAUGCUGAUAUUCCACAUCACCAUCAUGAUUGAAUGCUGAUAUCCCACAUCACCAUCAUGAUUGAAUGCUGAUAUUCCACAUCACCAUCAUGAUUGAAUGCUGACAGACAUGCACAUGCAUGCAGUUAAUAACCACUGUAGUGUAAGGAAGUCAUUUCCUAAGUGUGCAGUAAAUUUUUGAGUGUGGCAUUAAAGAGCAGUCAUUGAAUAAGUAGAGAAGUCUGAAGUGCAUUGAUGGGGAAGGAAUAAACUGACAAACCGUAAACGACACUUGAAUUAUGUUCAGUGACUAUUUUGGGCUAUAUAUAACAAAAGGCAACUGUUUUACUCAUGGCCCAAUGCAACAAAGGGAAUUUUGAAGAAAUUUGAAAUUUCAUGAAACUAUUAUUUUUGGAUUAUGUAAUAGAUAAGAUGUCAACAUAAAUAUUGCACUAUUCAAACAUCCAAAUCUGCAAAGUGUAUGUUGUACUACAUACUUCAUUUGCAAGAAAAUCCAUGCAUACCAGUUUUGGAUAAAUAUUGCCCAGAUUUUGAUUCUCAAACCAGAAGUGGGUUGAUGGAUAAGUUGAAGAUUUGACAUAUUGAAAUAUGCCCUUACCCAACUGCAAUGUCAUCGUACAAUCAGUUAAAAAGACAUUUUACGUAAGUAAAAUUUUCGCAGACAAAUUCAUUCAGCACUAGUGAUGUCAUCCACACAAACCAGUGGGCAUAGCGCUUAUAAUGUAUAACUGUAAAAUAACUUUAACAUGAAUGUUACAAUAUGGGUGAAUUUCAAAAUGUAAAGUAUAGCAGGGGUUUAUAUAGGGUAGUGGAAAGACAGGUGUGUAACAGUAGAGAAUAGAAGAACAUGUGAAUACAAUGUGAGAGUAAAUUCGAGUGGUGAAUGCCGUUCGUUUCAAAGAAUGGUAUGCAGUCUGUGUUAUAUUUUUGAUAAAUGUUUUAAGCUUUAUUCAGUACAAUAGCUUGGUUACAGCUUGAGAAAACAUGACAGAGCCCAGAGGAAACUCGUCGCUCUUCAGGUACAUGGACCUAAUCCACCUCCUGGUGUAAUUUAGCUGCUAAACCAGCAUGAGAGGUGGGUUAAACUACAUGUGUCAUAAAGGUCAGGAAGUACAAUACAGUGUUCUGGUACACAAUCGUUCUGGUCCAGUCACGAACAACCUGGUAAUGAUCAUUUACAAUCAGGACCAAAUGGUCAUAUGUAUGGUUGUGUUUCUGUCUGAUCAAAAUCUUGCCUCUGUAUAGUGCAGCUUUGCUCGAUGGAGGAGUCUUUACCUGUCUGUAUGGCUGCAAAGUGGCA